CGAUGACAAUUCAAAAUACAAAGCCCAAGUCUGUUUUAUAAACCACCCUCUCAUCCUUUUGUUCUCAGCGUCAACAACAACAACAAUUCCUAAAACCCAACGAACGCCAAUCAAUGGCUUCCGUCUACAGCUGCACGGAAUGUGGGACAAACCUCAAUCUGAGCUCAGCCCACCUCUACCCAUCAGACUUUUACUUCGAGGCUGGGAACAAAGGCACACUUUCCUUCUCAUGGGUCGACUCGUCCAAGUUCAGGUUCGAGAAAGAGGACAAGAUCAGACCCUUUUUCGAGACUCUCAACUACUGGGGCAUACAGAGGAAAAGGACCAAGAUCAUUUGCAAUAGCUGUGGCCGUGUUGUUGGUCACGUGUACGAUGAUGGUCCUCCCAUGACUGACAGUCCUGGUCAGUUUCACAUGGGACCUAGCCAGGUCAUUCCUAGAGCUCCCAGAUAUCGGAUCAAGACCAAGGCGCUUCAGAUCACAUCCUAAAACCUGAAACUGAAAUUGGGUAUUUGGUUAUUUGUGUUUUUGAGGUUUUGGGUGUGUAUUUUUUUUUUUUUUUUCGAAAGUCAAAUGGGGUUUUGGGUCUUUUGGGUUUCUGAGGCUUUACAUAUGUUGUUAUAUACUUUUGUAUAGAAAAGGUUCGGUUUUGCAAUAUUUUGACUUUCAUUGUAUAUAAUAUAUAUUUUGGUCGAAAUAAAAUGGCUGUUGAUCUUGUUUUUAGUACUA